AUGAAUAAAAUUACUACUCAAAUUAUGGAAAAUUUAGCUGUUAAAGCUGAUAAUAAAUUUUGUUUUGAUUGUGGUAAAGGAGGUGCAACUUUUGUUGUUUCAAAUUUCAAUAUUUUCGUUUGUCCAACUUGUUCAGGAAUUCAUAUGGAAUUUGGUCAUAGAGUCAAAUCUGUCUCAUUAGCUAUUUUUUCAAUGGCUGAAGUUGAUGCUAUUAAAAAAUCUGGUAAUAGUGAAGCAAAGAAAAAAUGGCUUAUUAAUCGAAAUCCUUCUUUACCACUCCCUAAACCAAAUGAUAUUGAAAAUAUCAGAAUCUUUAUUAAAGCUUGUUUCAUCGAAAAACAAUGGACAACAGAAAAUAUACAAAACACACAUCAACAAACAACUCCUACCUCUCCACAUUUUCAACCCCCUUCUCCAAAACAAAGUAAAUCACCUCUCUCUCCACCUAAAUCAACUAUUAAAACUAGAUUAAGUAUUAAUUCACAUCAAACAAAUUUUUUUAAUUUAUUGGAUUCUAAUGUACAACCACAUUCUACAGUAUCAGAAACUGUCCCUACUUUUGACUUUGUUCAAACUUCUUCUACUUCUUCUACUCAACCAAUUUCACAAUCCCCUUCUAUUCAACCACAACCUAUUAUAAAGAAUAAAUAUGAUAUUUUAGCACAAAUUCAACUAGAACAACAACAACAACCAUCUUCAAUAACUACUAACUCUGUUUUUGAUUUUGUUGAUUCAAAACAAGUUUCUCCUCAGUCUUGUAUUCAACUCACUAAUCCUCCUCCUCCUCCUCAAAAACCAUCUCAACAAUUCCAAACAACAUUUGAUUUCAAUCAAUCUUCUUCUCAACCAGUUGUGUCUCAAUCAACAAACAAACAUGAACAAGUAUUUGACUUUGGUCAAACAACAUUUGAUUUUACUACAAACAAUCAUCCAAAGGUUACUCCAACAAAUACAUCGCCAUUCACUUUUGACAAAAACUCAUCUUUCAAUGAAGCAUCAACCCAAUCACAACAACUACCAAUUAAGGUUAUCCCUCCAAAAGUCAGUCCUCAACAUAACUCUAUUAAUAAUGACUCUUCUAAAGAAAUCACCCAGAACCCUUUAAGCAAACCUCAAACACCAGAAACAUUUGACUUUAACUCAAGUAUUCCUAAACCACAACCUGCUUCUGUCAUUAGAUCAAGAACAAACACAUUUAAUUUUGACCAACCAAAACAACCUUCUACAAAUAGUCAAACAUUUGACUUUGGAGAGAAUUCUUUAGAAGAAACGAAAGGCAUACAAGAAACAACCCCAAAAACUAAUGUUUUAACAAACGAACAACCAAAUGAAACAAAUCAAGCACAAAAAGAAGAUAAUAAAAAACAAGAAAAAGAAUCUAGUGUAGAAGUUAAGAAACCAUUAAAUUACAACAACUUGUAUGACAUUCUUGGUGGGAUUAAUGAAGAACCAAAACAAGAGGCUAAAACAGAAAUGGGUGGAGUUAGUCAUCAAGAAGAAACACCAGAAAACAAACAAAACAAAAACAUUAAAAGACAAAGUUCUGAAUUAAUGGAAAUUGAUAGCACAUUUAAUUUUGAUAAUAAAAAGGAAGAAGAGUAUGUCGAUAAUCCAUUUGGUGAAGUUAGUGAUGAUGAAUUAAAAGAAGUCGAUAUUCCUACGAUGAAGUUUGAAUCAAACAAUAAACCAGCAACAAAUAAUCUAUUCUCAUUUGAUUUAGAUGAACCAAAAAAAGAAAAUCAAAACCUUUUUAAUUUCGAAGAGUCUGCAGAAGGACCAACCAAAGAAGUUGAUGACUCAUUUGUUACAAAUGAAAAUGAACCAUCUGUAGAUAAUCCAUUUGAGUCGAACAAUACACAACCAAAUAAAGUGCCAAAUCUCCCAGAAGUUGAUAAUCCUUUUAAAUGUAUUGAAGAAAAACAAAACAGUCAAAGCCCAGUUGUAGUAGAUAAUCCUUUUGAUUUUACUGAUUCAUCUAACCAACUUAACCAACAAGACCAAAUAGUGGAUAACCCUUUUAACUUCUCAGGCAGUGAAAAUGCAAAAGAAGAAAAAGAAGUCGACAACCCAUUUGGGAACUUCGAAGAGUCUAAAAGCGAAACAUUACCAGAAAUUGAUAAUCCUUUUGAAUCUUCAUCAAACGCAAAUACUUUGUUCCAAUUCUAA